UAAGAUAUUAGAGACAUUCACCGCACUUGUCUGUGUUUUUAUUAUUUUUAUUAAAAGAGUACGUGCAUAUAUUACGUCUAUUGGACGAAUGUUAUUGGAUUUUUAGAAAUGUCUGCGAAUGUUAGUUUACCUAUAAAAAAUCUAGAUGAAGGCGAGAUAUUAGAUUCUGAAUCAAUUACAGAUUCUGAAAAGGAAGAUUGUAGCCCUGAAGGUAGUAUAGUUGGCGAACGACUUCGUGGCGAUGGACAAGAACAAGAUUUAACUGUAAAUAAAAAAAUUGAUGAUGAUGAGGAUCGUAGGAAUCCUCAAUAUAUUCCAAAACGUGGAAAUUUUUACGAACAUGACGAUCGAACGUUAGAAGAUGAUGAGAAUUCAGAAAAUGAAAAUUCUGAUACGACUGAAGGUAAUGCAAAAGUUGAAAAAGAUACUCCACGUUCGCGAAAGAAGGUUUGGGAGGAGAAAGAUGGUGAAAAAUGGGGUCAUGAUUUAUAUAUUGAAAAGGAACAACAACCAAAAACUAAACAGGAAUUGAUUAAUGCUUACGGAUACGAUAUUCGUAAUGAAGAUGGCCCUCCAAGAGCUAGAAGGAGACGACGAUACGGUCGUGGCCCAAAUAAAUACACACGAAACUGGGAAGAUGAAGAAGCAUAUAACCGUUCAACACAGUUACGUACACGUAAAAAUCCGAAAAAUCCACCAACUGCUGAAGAUUUUCCACCAUUAAAUCCAACAGAAAGAAAAUCUCGCAGUGUUAGUCCAAUUAAACAUCGUAAUCAUUCAGAUUAUAAGAAUAAUGAUAACAGUGGAGAUGCUAGUUCCAAUAAAAAAGAGCGUGGUGUUCGAUCAAAUAAAAGCUGGAAAAAACAAAAGAAUUUCGAUGAUAAAAAAGCAAUUCCGAUUGAAAAUAAUAUACCACCACCACAACCCAAAGAAAGGUCAAAUAAAACUCCAAAAGUUUCUAGAAAUAGUAGAAACGAUGAAGUGGUACAUGUUAAAGAAGUCUCAUCAAAAUCUCAGCAAGUAACAAAGAAUCCAAAAAGCAGUCCUGGUCGUAAUAUAAAUCAAACACCACAAUCGAAACCAAAUAAAUAUCGACAAGAAGAUCAAAUUCAAACUAAAAUUGCUCCAAUUACUUCACAAAGUUAUAGUAAUUCGAAUCGAAGUAAACAAACUACUUCAACCAUGACCGAAAAUAUUAUCAAAAAUGAUACUUAUGAGAUUACUAGAGAUAUGAAUAAUUUAAGUGUCGAUCAACAAGUAAUUGAAAAUAGUGGUAACAAUAUUACACACCCACAGCAAAAUAAUUUGAUUAGACAAGCUAGUGUUCCACCACGUUUGCAACAACAACAAGCACAGCAGCAACAACUUCAACAGCAUACUCAAAAUGAACAACAGCGGAUGGGACCGAAACGUUACAGUUCAUUGCGACAACGAUCUUUACCAGAAACAACACCACAAACUUUUCCACAAACUCAUCAGAUUAAUUCAACUGGCUAUUAUACACCAGAAUUUACAGCCGGUACCCCACAACAAACUGAUACAACACAUCCAAUCCAUCAACAGAUGCAAAUGUCACCGAAUCCACCACAAUCUUCGCUAAUGAUGAAUCAAAUACCACCACAGCAAAUAAUCAGUCAAUCAUCACCAAAUCCAUCAACCGCAUCUGUUAUGGGAAUCCCGAUACCACAUACAAAUGCACAAGUUCGUGCCGCUCAUAUCAAUACAGCAGGUGUUUCUGGACAACCACAAUCGGUUGGUGGUGCCCCACCAGCACCCCCACCACAUCAUCAAAUAUUAAAUGCACAGUCAGCUAUAAUGGCUGCUGCUGCGCAUACACAAGUGAGUCAUCAACAAAUGUUGAAUGCACAGCCAAUAAUUACUCAUGCAUUACCGCAACCUGCUCCGCAUCAGCCCAUACUAACACAAGCGCAAGGUUUGUCUCCGCAAACUCAAGCUAUGCUGAAUGCGCAGUCACAACAAAUAUUAACAGCGCAGACUCAUCCACAAUAUGGUGCCCCACAAUAUCAGGUACCAAAUGCAGGAAACGCAAGUGGUGUGUAUAAUAUACAGCAAGCAGUAAAUGCUGGUACAACGGCUUAUAUACCAUCACAACCGAAUGGAGUUAUUAAUUCUGUUUACGGGCAAGCACCACCAGGAGCUCAACCUCCUCAGUACACUCCGGCUCCAUAUCCCCCAUAUCAACCAGCGUACACUGCACCACCGGCUCAGCCACCUCAAGAAUUAUAUCAAACUCAAAGUGGUAUCACAUAUUAUUCACCACACAAUCAACCGGCUGCACCAAAAGCACCAUUAAAACGUCCCAAAGCUGCAAUACCAAUACUUGCACCACCUGAGCGUGCCAAUUCAGGAACAUCUUCACGAGGUCGUGGACGUAGCUCACCAACAGAAAAUAAUAAUACGGGUAGUGUAACACCGCCACGUGGACGUGGUCGUAUAUCACCAAGUGAAAGCGACAACAAUUUUAUAUCUCGUGGACGAGGUAGAAAAAUGUCUAAUGAAAAUAAUACAUUAGAUAGUAAUACUGAUCAACAACCAUCACCAGCUACAUCCGAUGCUGUUGAGAGUGUGACACCACAAUCAGAACAUACUGAAACGACUGAUGAUGCUGUUAGAAAUUUAGAUUCGAAUAAGAAAUCUGAAAUGUAUUCAGAUGUUGUAGAAACUACUGAGAAUGUUGCUCAGAAUGGAACUGAUAGUUCAAAUUAAAGGAGAAAAUUAAUGGGAAAUUGUUUUGAUUUAGUAGCGUUUUCUCUUGUAAGCGUAACAAAUUGAGACAGUGUGGAUUACAAUGAGAGCUCCUUUAGUUUAUAUUAUGGAUGAAGAUGAUGAAAUAGUAAACUUUGAAAUGACGCAAGCAUGUAUUUUGAUUCUAGAAGAAUCUUUUAAUACUCUGAUUACGCUACUAAUUUUAUUUCAUAGAUGUUAUAUAAUUGUUUAUAUAAAAAAAAAUUGAAGAUAAUAUAUUUUUAUUUUUGUCUUCAUAAGGAGUUCCAACAAAUAUAUACUGGGAAUCGUUUGUCAAAAAUCAAACGGAUAAGUACAAUAACUCAUACCAAAAAUUAUUUAAAAGAAAUUUUUAUGGGAUACUCGAUUUAAACUUAACUUCUGAUAAACUUAUAGAUCGAUUAGCGAAUGCAUUUUAUGCUCUGAAUUUAUUUAAUCACGGAAAAUUUUGUCAAUUCAUAACUUAGAAUCGACACUUUACAAUCAGUUUGUAUCUAUUAGUGUUGGUUCGAAAAUUAAUAAUUUUAUUUAAAAAUAACAAAGAAGUA